ACAGUGUUUGUUGGGAAGAACAAGCCGCAGAAAGAUCCCCUGAGCUCCUCCCGCUGGCAGGGCUUCAGACUGGAGGAAUAUCUCAUCGGGCAGCCCAUCGGGAAGGGCUGCAGCGCCGCCGUGUACGAAGCAGCGAUUCCCUUCCCUGGCAGUCGUGGCUCGGCCGAAGAGGAGCCCGUAGAGAAACACCAACCGAAAGAGGCGUUUCCGUUAGCUAUCAAAAUGAUGUGGAACAUUUCGGCUGGUUCGUCCAGUGAAGCCAUCCUCAGCGCCAUGGGCCGAGAGCUUGUCCCAGCCACACGGGUCGCCUUGGCCGGAGAAUACGGGGCCGUCUCCGCUCGCAGAAAACCUGUCCUUGGGAGGAAGAAGUUGCAGCCUCAUCCGAAUAUAAUCCAGGUGAUCCGAGCCUUCACAUCCUCUGUCCCUUUGCUGCCCGGAGCCUUCGUGGACUAUCCCGACGUUCUUCCAUUAAGCCUGAACCCCCGAGGGAUCGGCUACAGCCGCACGCUCUUCUUGGUGAUGAAGAAUUACCCCUGCACCCUGCGCCAGUAUCUGCAGGAGAGCAGCCCGGAUGUUCGUCUCUCCACGAUGAUGAUUUUACAGCUCUUGGAAGGUGUGGACCAUCUUGUUCGACACGGCAUAGCGCACAGAGACCUGAAGUCUGACAACAUCCUGGUUGAAUUUGAUUCUGCUGGCUGCCCUUGGCUGGUCAUCACCGACUUCGGCUGCUGUUUGGCAGAUGAGAACAUCGGCUUGAGGCUGCCCUUCACCAGCAGUUACGUGGAUCGGGGCGGCAACGGCUGUCUGAUGGCACCCGAGGUGGUCACGGCGUCACCCGGGCCGGGCACGGUGAUCAACUACAGCAAAGCCGACGCUUGGGCUGUCGGAGCGAUCGCCUACGAAAUCCUCGGUCUGGCCAAUCCUUUCUACGGCCACGGGGACUCGACUCUGGAAAGCAGAAGUUACCGUGAUGACCAGCUGCCGAGCCUGCCCGACGGCGUGCCCCUCGAGGUGAAGCAGGUGAUAAAGAUGCUGCUCCGGAGGGAUCCUGACAAGAGGUUGUCCGCUAGAGUUGCUGCUAACGUGCUUCACCUCAGCCUCUGGGGCGAGAGUGUUCUGGCCUCCAAGGCCCUGAAACCCGACCAGAUGAUCGCUUGGCUUCUCUGCCAGUCUGCGGCCGCCUUGCUCAUGGACAGGCUGGCGGAUAAAAGCCGGGUAGAAACCAAAAUGAAGAUGUGCUUUUUGGCAAACCUCGAGUACGAGGACCUCUGGGCGGCGAUAUUCCUGUUGCUGGCCUGGCGAAGCCGAUCUGAAUGAAGACCUGGGA